AUGGAGUUCGAGGGUGCACUAAAUGUAAGCCCGAAUGUAUCGGACGAUGAGGCUGAUCUUGAUUAUGAUGACUUUUACUGUAAUGGAGACAGUUCUAUGGAGAUGUUCGAAAGUGAUGACCCUGAACACGUUGAGUAUUCGUGCAUGAGGGUGUCUGAGGCCGAAAGCUUCCUAAAAGAAACUAUGGAUAAUGUUGUUUCAUCUUUAAAUGUGUCUUUUGCACUCGCCAAACUUCUGCUCUACUUCUACAAAUGGGAUGACAUUACACUGAUCGAAUUAUAUAGUGCUAAUCCCAGCAAAGUCUUAGUUGAUUGUUCUGUUUUCGCUGGAACUUCUAAACAUUUCGACAGUAUGAGCUGUGCUGUCUGCACUAGGCUACGAAGUGAAUGCUCCGAGAUGUACGCGUUGGAUUGCGGGCACAGUUUUUGUUCUACAUGCUGGUUAAAAUAUAUCGAAGAACAGCUCUAUAAUGGCGUUUCGAUGACAAUUGGUUGCAUGGAAACUGGGUGUUCGAUAUUGUGUUCAGAAGAUUUCGUGUUGGAAAUACUGAAGGACCAACCGGAUAUCAGAGAAAAAUAUAAGAGAUUGAUAUUUAAGAGCUGUGUUGAAUCACAUUCGCAGUUGCGAUUCUGUCCAGCUGCUGAAUGUUAUACAGUUAUUAAGGCUGAAUGUCAGAAAGCGAAGAAGGUAACUUGCACAAAUUGCGGAACUUCUUUUUGCUUUCAGUGCGGUUGUGAUUACCACGCUCCCACUUCAUGUGAAACAAUAAGGAAGUGGUUAACUAAAUGUGCUGAUGACAGUGAGACGGCUAAUUACAUAAGUGCACAUACGAAGGAUUGUCCCAAUUGUCAUUCCUGCAUUGAGAAAAACGGUGGAUGUAAUCAUAUGCAGUGUGCUAAGUGCAAACACCAUUUCUGUUGGAUGUGUUUUGGAGAUUGGAAAACACACGGGAGUGAAUACUAUGAAUGUAGUCGCUACAAGGAGAACCCAUCCAUAGCUCAAGAAGCGGCAAAUCACCUCAAGGCUCGCCGUGCGCUCGAAAAGUAUCUCCAUUAUUAUGAGCGUUACGAGAACCAUCAUAAGUCGUUGAAGCUAGAAGAAGAUUUACAAAAAUGUAUCAUGAAAAAGAUUGACGAAAAAGUUAGCGGGCAUGAAGGAACUUGGAUUGAUUGGCAAUAUUUGCAUGCAGCAGCUAAACUGCUCACAAAAUGCCGCUAUACGUUACAGUAUACUUAUCCCUAUGCGUAUUAUAUGGAAAAUGGACCAAGAAAAGAACUUUUUGAAUACCAACAAGCACAACUUGAGAAGGAAAUUGAAGAAUUAUCAUGGAAGGUUGAAAGAGCUGAGAGUACGGAACGAGGUGAUUUGGAAACACAGAUGCAUGUUGCAGAGUUUAAACGACGCACUCUCUUACUAGAUUUCUUCGACUGA